AUGAAGAAGGGACGUGCGGCCAAGCAAUGUAAGAUGCGCAUGGCGCAGGGUUGCAGCGUGGCCUCCCUGUUGAACUGUGCUGACAACAGUGGAGCCAAGAACCUCUACAUCUUUGCGGUGAUUGGCAUCGGCGGGCGCUUGAACAAGCUUCCGAACUGCUCCCCUGGGGAUCUGGUCCUCUGCAGCGUCAAGAAGGGCAAGCCCGAGCUGCGCAAGAAGGUCCUGAAGGGCGUGGUGAUCCGCCAGAAGAAGGCCUGGCGCCGCCGUGAGGGAGUCUUCGUAUACUUCGAGGACAAUGCCGGGGUCAUCGUCAACGACAAGGGUGAGAUGAAGGGUUCGGCAAUUCAGGGCCCUGUGGCCAAGGAGUGCGCAGAGCUUUGGCCCAAGAUCGCAUCUUGCGCACCUGCCAUUUGCUGA